GUAUACUUUCUCCUACAACAUUUUCUGAAAUUUUCUUGUGCGUAUUCUUUCCAAAACCUCUCUCUCCCAAGUCUUCGGAAAUCCAUUUCAACUCCCACACAACGGUUUCCUUGUGCGAUUUAAGAAGCAAAUAGGAAGAAAAAUUCCUGGUCGGAAUCGGAGAAUUUGCGAGUAGUCGAAGAUGAUUCGGGUUUUCGCUAGGUCGGCGGCGAGGUCUCUGAUCAUUGGCAGGAGCUUUAACAGCCACAUUUCCAUGGCGGCAUUUCAGGAUAACAGAGCUUGCACGACGAUGGCGAUGAGGAUUAUGAUGAUGAGCACGGCGUCUUCCUCGACUCCGGAGGAUAAUCCGAAGGAGACUCCAAAAUCGGUGUCGGAAGCGAAGAAAGACGAAAGCAAUUUGAUGGUUUCGAGCUAUUGGGGAAUUUCGCGGCCGAUGAUCAAACGAAAGGAUGGGACCGACUGGCCUUGGAACUGCUUUUUGCCAUGGGAGACUUAUACCGCCGACUUAUCGGUGGAUCUGAGCAAACAUCAUGUGCCGAAGACAUUCUCUGACAAGUUUGCUUAUAGAACUGUGAAGCUUCUGAGAUGGCCGACGGAUUUGUUUUUCAAGAGGCGGUAUGGUUGCCGUGCAAUGAUGCUGGAAACUGUUGCGGCUGUCCCUGGUAUGGUAGGAGGAGCUCUCUUGCACCUGAGAUCUCUCCGCAAGUUCCAGCAAAGUGGUGGUUGGAUCAAAGCCUUGAUCGAAGAAGCAGAAAACGAGAGGAUGCACCUGAUGACGAUGGUGGAACUCGUCCAUCCAAAAUGGUAUGAGAGGAUGCUGGUUCUUGCCGUGCAGGGAGUCUUCUUCAACGCUUACUUUGUGCUCUAUCUACUCUCUCCUAAGCUUUCUCAUAGGAUUGUUGGGUACUUGGAGGAGGAGGCUAUACACUCUUACACCGAAUAUUUGAAGGAUAUUAAUGAGGGUAAGAUCGAAAAUGUUCCUGCCCCUGCAAUUGCUAUUGACUACUGGAGGCUACCCAAGGAUGCAACCCUUAAGGAUGUGAUUACUGUUAUUCGUGCCGAUGAAGCUCACCAUCGAGAUGUUAACCAUUUUGCAUCAGAUAUCCAUUUUCAAGGAAAGGAAUUGAGAGAAGCUCCAGCUCCUGUUGGAUACCAUUAGUAUUAUCUUGCUCAAAUAUGUGGUUUUAGUGUGUCUAUUAUAUGUGCCGAAUAAUGUUAGUUUUAUGGUUUACCUAAAGCACGAAUCACAAUCCGUGUGGAUGAAAAGAGAAGUAAAGGUUGAACAAUUAGUUGAAGUGACCUUGACAUUUAUGGCGGUUCCGCUACCUUUAUUAUUGUUAGUAACUUUUGCCUGUGUCAACUGUCAAGCUUCUCCUAGGGCUACAUAUCCUUUUCCCAUGAAAAGUUUAUAUUUAUGUUUA